ACUGGUUCUGAUUGACUUUGCGGCUGCGAAAAUAGUAUAACUUAUUAUUGCUCUCAGCUAAAAGUUAAUGUCGUCUCUCAACUUUCCUUUUGUAGACUUUUAUACAUUUAAAAUAUAUGAAACUAAAUGAUACACGUGUAGGCUACUCUGCUGCAACACGCUGUAAUCAUACUGAUUGCGCUUGACAAGUUGUGAAAAAUAUAAUAGAUAUGAAAAAUUGGUGAAGAACAUUACCAAUUUAUUUGGGUGGAAACGGCUGUGGUUUAAUGGGUACAGAAGAUGUUUUUGCACCAUGGAAUGAGAGUUGCACGCGAGAUGCCUGAGGAACUGAAUGUGAAUGAUGAUGCGUAACUCAAUAGAGAUGACUUCAGUCCGAAAGACCUGUGCACGCAAGAGAGGUUAACGUGUCCUGCAGCCAGAAGAAAGAAUGGCCCUCAGAAUUUGGUCGAAGAUGUGCUGCAGGCGGAGGUCAGUCGUGGCUUUCAUCUUCUUCUUCAUCUUGUCCAUUGUGAUGAUCAGUGACCUUCCACCUCUCCCGGAGGAGAACCACAGCCUUUCCCAGCGAAGUCUGCAUUCUGCUGGGCAGAGCCAGAAUUCGGCCCCUUAUGAACCUUUUCAUCCACUGCCUCUGGAUCUACACCCGGGCACCAGAAGAAAACGGCGUGCCAAGGAGCCAGCAGAGAGGCAGAAUCACCAGAGAGGCGGCGGGGUCCAGCACAGAGGGAGUGGGGUCCAGCAUGGAGCAGGGAUGGUUCAGAGCAAAUUGGGUCGGGACAGUGUCCUGCAAAAGGAGAGUGAGGGUGAGGGAGGUGGUACCGAUGGGGUGCGGCAUGGACGGGGUGCAAUCCCGCAUCGAGAAGAGGGUGUUGGAGGCCAGUACAAAGAGGGGAAACAUGGGGGCAGGGUUCCACGCCAAGCAGAGGGUGCUCGGGCUAGAGGAAAGCACAGAGAGGGUGAGGGUUUGCACGAGGUCCAGCACAAGCAUAAGAAACUGGACAGUCAUCAAGCUGUCAUGAAGAGUCCAAAGAGGAAUAGCCCUGCUGGUGUGAGCCAGGGGACCUCUGAGUCUGCAUUGCACAGUGACAGAGAGGAGAAACGGGCCCACCAGCAGAGAACUGACACAAGUAGCAGCAGAGACACUGUCAUCGCUAUCCAGCUACCUCCACCCAGGCAGCGCUCACAUGCAGCAAACAAGGCAGGGGUGAGGGUCUCCAGACAUACCCAGCCGCGAGACUUUGAGCCGUCCAAUCAUGCCAGCUCUGCUGACAAGCGCAGUGGAGAAGGCCGCGCUGCAAAGCCUGUGAGACCUCAGCAGGCCCAAAGAGACACGGGAACACAGGAGGAGCAGGCAGAGAAUGCGAAGCCCAAGAACCUUAGCUUGGUCUUUUUGGAGGGGAACAGGUCCAGCAUGGGGGAUGUGGUGGAGAAGUUUGACUGGUGUGAGAAGCUGGGCGAGGAGACAUUUCCAGAAGGGGGGACCAGAAGCAUUCGCAGCGCAGCAGGGCCCUUGCCUUGGCUCUCUGAGGAUGACAUCCGGAAAAUGGAGCUGCUGUCCAGCGGCACGGUGGUCAGUAAGGCCAGAGUGCCUUCCCAUGGGCAGGUCCUACAGGUGGGGCUCAGACAGGGGGGUGCCAGCCUCGGGAGUUCACCAAGCCAACACGAGAGUCACUGCCAGCAGGGACUCUGCGCCCUGAUCAAGCGCCCAGAUGACUGGUAUGAAGUCUUUGCUUUCCAUCUUGACCGGGUGCUGGGCCUGAACAGGAGCCUGCCUACAGUGUCUCGAAGCUUCCACAGUGACCUCCUGCCGUACAGGUACACCAGUGGCUCGGCUCGGCCCGUUGUGUGGUGGGCCCCGGACAUCCAGCAUCUGGCAGACGAUGACAAUGAUCAGAACUCCUUCUCUCUCACUUGGCCACAGUAUCAGGCCCUGCUGAAGGCCCACUGUAGCAGGAAGGGAGCGCCCACAAAUUCCUCAUCCUGCCUAGGGGUUCACCACUCAGAAUGGGGAAGACUGGCUUUGUUUGACUUCCUUCUGCAAGUUAGCGACCGGCUGGACCGAUACUGCUGCGGGUUUGAGCCAGACCCCUCUGAGUCCUGUGUGGAGAACCUACUACACAUAAAGUGCAGGAGCCCAAAGGACCUGGUGCUUGUGCACAUUCUGGUGAGGAAGGGUGACCCCUCCAGGCUUGUGUUCAUCGACAAUGCUGGCAGGCCCCAGCACCCACAUGACAACCUCAACUUCCGUCUGGUGGAGGGCAUCAAGGAGUUUCCAGAGAGGGCAGUGUCCGUGUUGCAGUCGGGCUGUCUGGAGAGCAUGCUCCUGCGCUCUCUCUACACUGACAGGGAAUUCUGGGAAAGUCAGGGCGGUGUCCUGGGACUUCGACCACUCAUUCAUGUGUUGCAAAAGAGAGGAGAAGUGCUGCUUCACCACAUUCAGGACAAGAAACUGCGACUCAGCAGGGACCCCUGAUCCUCACGCUGCAUACACACAGCUCUUCUGUCAGGUGCCUCCCAUCCUUACAAAACUGAGGGACAGCUCAAUAAAAACUGUGAAUAAUAUGGGGUACAGAUUUUUAAAAUCUGUUUCAAUUGAUCAGUCUCAACUUUCGUCCCCAACUAUUCAACUAGAAACAGUUUCUUGACUCUGGGAAGAUGUCUCAUUUUAACAACACAGAGGCAUUAAAAGCCAUCAACUUAAUGAUGUGCUCAAAUGGAUUAGAUUAAGCCUUGACCUUACUAUUGAGAAGAUGGCGAUGCAAAGACAUCUCUAAACAUGCUGAUUUGUGGUGAUAUUAGCUUACCAAAUAAUUGUCUUUUUUUCAUUUAUGUCAAAAAUCUUUCAAAAAGAUUUCAAAAAGUCUGCAUCACUGCAUUUUGCACAAUGGUCAUUAGUCAACAUACAGUGCCCUCUGAAAGUAUGGUUGAAUGAAAUGUGUUACUUUCGCUAUACUUGUGUAUAUGUUUUACCAUUUAACAGAAACAGCUGUUUUUGUGCGCCCCCUAUUUCCGCUGUGCAAAAGUAAGUCAUAUAAUAUUUUGAAAAUUAACUAAAUUUCACGCUACUGUUCCCUUACUUUUGGAGUGCAUUGUAGUUUAUGAACUUUUAAGCUUUUCAGUUGUCUUUCUUGGUUU